CGUUCGUUGGAAGUUGGAACCAUUGGCAUGAAUGACAACAGUCUUCGUAAAGGCACACGAAAGCUAUAGCUAUUCGCAGAGAGCCUUUCGGCAUGCCUAAUAAUGUUUGGUAACUAAUAGCUUUAGUGUACGCCAGGCUUUUAAUUGUAAGCGGAAGCAGCGAAGAGAAUACGUACGGUAUCGAACGAGGGCGAUCUAGUGUGAUCUUUUAAAAAAAUGGCAAACGCCGAAGUACUUCGCGCAGAAGCAUGUUCGGUCAUCGACAACUUGGCCGGUGAAUUUCACGCAUUAAGCAAGUCAAUAUGGGAAAAACCGGAAUUGUAUUUUGCCCACGACACUUUGACACAAUGCUUUGAAAAGCACGGAUUCGAUGUUUCAAAGAAAUACCCGCUGGAGACCGCAUUCGUCGCUACAAGCGAAACGACGCAGAAAGAGAACGUUCCUUGUGUUGCAAUAAUAUGUGAAUAUGAUGCUUUACCUGAAAUUGGGCAUGCGUGUGGCCAUAAUUUGAUAGCAGAGGCAGGAGCAGCCGCAGCGAUAGGGAUAAGAUCUGCACUCAAGAAAGGUCCUGAAGGUUUAGGUCACCUUGUUGUCUUAGGAACGCCUGCAGAAGAGGGUGGUGGUGGGAAAAUUCUUAUGCUUGAGAAAGGCUGCUUUAACCAAGUGGACUUCAGCAUGAUGGUACAUCCUGCACCAUAUGAUGCUGUUUAUGCAAAAUGCUUGGCUAUCCAAGAGGUAUUUGUCACAUUCAGUGGUAGGGCUGCCCAUGCUGCUGCAUUUCCCUGGGAAGGAGUUAAUGCUUUGGAUGCGGCAGUCCUCAGCUACAAUUCCAUAAGCAUGCUGCGACAGCAGAUAAAACCGACAUGGAGGGCUCAUGGUGUAUUCGUUGAUGGAGGAGGUUAUGAACCGGCAAUCAUCCCGGAAAGGUCCCAGUUACAUUAUUAUUUUCGUGCUCCAAAUUUGAAAGAGUUGAAUGAAUUCAAGACAAAGGCAGACAAAUGUUUUAGAGGUGCGGCAGAAGCAACAGGUUGUUCUGUGGACAUAAAGUGGUGUGGUUAUGGAAAAGGCGAACAGCCAUAUUACGAUGUAAUGAACAACCCAGUGUUGGCUGAACUCUAUCAAAAACAUGCAGAAUCUUUGGGGGUUAAAUUUCAACCGAAAGUUGUCCAAACAAGCCUACCUGCUGGAUCAACAGACAUGGGAAAUGUAUCGUAUGCUGUCCCUUCGUUGCAUCCAUUCUACAGUAUUGUUUCAAAAGCAGGAAAUCACACUCAUGAGUUUACAGCAGCAACGGGUUCAGAUGCAGCCCAAUCGCCCACUCUUAUUGCGGCAAAAUGCCUGGCGAUGACCGCUAUAGAUGUGUUGUGCAAUCCAGAACUGUGCGAAAAAAUGAAGAACAAACAUAAACAAUAAAGUUUGAAAAACACAGUCCAGCUUUUACCGUCAGACGGAACUAUCGAAAAUUAUUAUUAUUCCAAAUUUUUAAUUGAUCAAAGAUAAUCAUUUCCACUUCUUAUAUUUUCAAGACACUUUUAUAAAACAUACGAAAUAAAAUAAUUGAUAAAUUGUAACAAAUUUAAAUGUUGUCAAACAAUAAUUCAUCAAAAAUCCGUUGAACAAAAAUGCCAUGUAAUAAACUAUAUAAUUUAUAUGUAAUUAAUUAUGUAUAAUUCAGCUCUUAUCACUGGCUCUUAUAGCUGCUACUAAGAUUAUAAUUAAUGUGAUUAUUAUAAUCUAUAAUUAUUCAAUUCAAUUUAAAAAAAUACUUGUAUACUUCGAUUUCUUGCUGCGAUAACACAGAUACCAGAAUAUUUAAAGAAAUUUCAUUUUUUAUGAUUCAUCAAUGCUGGUUUUCGGUUUUCGGGUCGGUCAGUGAUACCAUAGACAAUCGAGAAAACAUCGACAGGAAAUGGAUUUCCAUUCCAUGCUUGUCUUCUGGAUUGUCUAUGGUGAUACAUACACGAGAUCAAAUCCUUCCACAAAAAGUAUCAGUCAAUUAUUUUUAAUGUGAAUAUAAUAAGAAUAAAAUAGAAG